AUGCGGUGUCAGCCGACUAAGCUGCAAGAUGCCUUCGACGCCCGCAACCGCACCGUCUCGCGUCUGCAGCCGUUCGCAUCCACGAUCUUCGCCGAGAUGACAGCGUUGGCCACACUUCACGACGCGGUCAACCUCGUGAUCCGACUCCGAAGUUCUGGUCCGUCGGCGCCACCGGGCGAUCAGUGCUGCAAUUCUCGGACUGGUCGAACCCGGCGAGAAGUAGUGCUGAUCGAGCCGUACUACGACUCCUACGCUGCAUCCGUCGCGUUGGCAGGCGCUGUGCGUCGGACUGUUCCGCUGGUCGCCGCCGGGAGACGGAUUCUCGGUCGAUCUCGAUGCAUUGCGCGGCGCGAUCACCGCCAAGACGAGAUGCUGAUCGUCAACAGUCCUCCCAACCCCACCGGCACCGUAUUCACCGAUCAUGAACUGAGCGAUCGCCGAACUCGCGUGCGAACGCGACCUGAUCGUGUUGGUGACGAGGUCUACGAACACUUGGUCUUCGACGGCCUCACCCACACACCGAUGGCGUCGCUCCCGGGCAUGCGUGAGCGCACCGUCACUGUGUCAGUGCGCAGGACUUUCAAUGUCACCGGCUGGAAGACCGGCUGGGCGAUCGGCCCCCGAGAACUCAUCGACGAGGUCCGUGCCGCCAAGCAGUUCAUGUCAUUUUGUUGCCGGUGCACCAUUCCAACCGGCCGUUGCCUACGCGCUGACCAACGAACAGCCGUGGGUCGUCGAACUUCGACAGAGCUUGCAGGGCCAAACGGAACGUACUCGGAAAAGCUC